AUGACCGCGUCAUUUGAGUUAAGACUUUUUCAUUACUUGCACAUCAGUGCUCUAGAAAAAAGACAUGUUGUCGAGCCCAUCGAUUGCAGCUUUGCAUGUAUACAAAAUGUGUUCUGUGUCUCAUUAAAUGUUGCUGCCGUUGCUGAUGGAAAAGGGAAGUAUUGGUGCGAACUUCUGUCGUCCAACAUCCACAGCGAUGGUGCAAAACUAGCGGCAAAUUAUCAAUCACACCACUACAGCCUUUCGCAGAAUUCUUGUGGCGCUGAAAUCUGCUCGAGUCAUGGGAAGUGUAGAGCAAUAUCAUUUAGAGACGGACCCUUCGAGUGCGUCUGUCAUCCCGGAUAUGUUGGAAAACAUUGUGAAAUUGGUGAAUAG